UGGAGCCAGAGCCAACCCUCUUUCAACUUAGUGAUGAAAUGAAAACUUGGAAAGGAAGAAACUCUUCGAUUUUAUUUCGUAAUUAGGAUAAUACGACAUGAACAACAAGAGGAAUAUGGAUGGAAUAACUGAUAUAGAGUAACAUCUCUCACCGUCUGCUUUCGUCAACCAUUUUCAGGGGGCUGGAGGGGGCAGGGACAGGGGCCAUGGCAGAGGCAGAGGAGGCUCUGGGACAGGAGGACUGGAAGGAGAAGUGUUUCGUCCUGGAAGCCCUGCUCAUGAAGUUCCGGGUGCAGAUCAUCAAGAUCAGAGAGCUAACGGCAGACAAGAUUCAGCAGCUGGAGACGCAGGUGGUAGAGGCAGACAAACGUGCCUUCAAAGCUCACCAGCAGGUGCAGUGGAUGGAGGAGAAGGCGAAGGCUCCAGACGGUCAGUCAGGUGACUCUGAGGUGCGGUUGUUCAAACGCUGUCAGGACCUACAGUCUCUCCUACAGGAGAAGGAUGAUGUCAUCACCCUGCUGGAGACACAGCUGGAGGAGCAGAAACAGAUCCGAGCCCAGGAUGCUAAGACUGUGGAGGAGAAAGCAGCAAAGAUCAAAGAGUGGGUGAUGCUGAAGCUGUGUGAGUUUGAGGUGGAGAAUGCUGCUCUUAGAGAGACCAACAUUCAGCAGGAGGCUCAGAUCCAGGAGAUACAGAAACAGAUGCAGGCCCUGGAGCAAAAGCGAGGAGUUGGUGUCCAGUCUAAGCCCGGGGAAGCCCAGCGUCUCAGCAGCCUGACGUUUGGCUGUUUCCAGGUACGAGGGAAGAACCCCCAGGUCCUAACAGGCCCCGAGCCCGUCCAGAGGACCCUCAGAACCCAGCCCGAGGCCGAAGGGGGGAACAACACUGAUAACGGCACUAACCAGACAUCAUACUCCUCCGGGGCAGAGAGUGGAGGCCACAGAGCAGCGGAUGCUACCUCAGAGGAGGAGUCUGAGAGUGUGUGUGAGAGCGCAGGAGGGCCAGAGUUUCGCUGUGUGUCCUCUGUGCUCACCAAUGCUGCUUCAGAGGGCGAGGGUGGACGUUUCAGUGAGGGAGGGGGGUGUCCUCUGAAGUACAGCCGUCCCGGCAGCGAUACCUACCUCACGGCGUCCGAUGACAGCAGCUCUCUGUUCGAUGAUGACAUGGAGCGUACUAAGCGCCCCCACUUCCACCUGCCGGGGUCCGGGGAGGGGGGUCUGGCGGAGAAGGACGGGGUCAGGGAAAGGAAGCUUGAGGACUGCUCCUCGGACGAACUCAACAAACGCUUCCAGUCCCAGAGACUAGACUCUUCGUCCUCCUCCAGUGACCCCUCCAACACCCCUAGCCCCAUCCUCACCCCCACCCUCACCCCCAAGCGCCCAACCUCCACCCAGGACUCCAGAGACCUCCCUGCCUCCCUCAAGCAGCCCCGCCUGCGGACGACCGCUGGAUUUGGAGUGAUGAGCGUGGCACUGGCCAAGAGACACCUGAGCCAGCCGCCAAUCAGCACGGAGGCGGCUCAUGGACGUACACGCAAUGCCAUCAGCAUGCUCCGCCCCCUUAGGCCCCAGGAGACCGACCUGGAUCAGGAACAGGAGGUCAGCAUGGAGACAAGCAGAGACACUCCACCUCAGCCAGCCACCAAGCCAACCUUGAGCACCUCACCAGCCUCAUUCGCCACGGACGAAGAGGAGCCCCCAGAGAACCCAGACCCCCCUCCCACGGUGCCAGGGAGCAAACCACCAACACCCCCUCUACACAGAUUCCCCUCCUGGGAAAGCCGGAUAUAUGCAGUGGCUAAGUCUGGCAUCAGGCUGUCAGAGACCUCAUGUACAGACCAGACAAGCAAAGACCCCUCCCUCCAGUCCUCGUACCCUGCUUUUGUGCUCUACACAUCCCUCAUCUAUAAGAACAUGACCACGCCUGUUUACACUACGCUGAAGGGGAAAGCCACUCUGCUGAGUAGUAGUCCAUUCUCAGAGUCGUGCAGCUCAGAGUCGUCGUCCAGCUCAGAGGAGUCGUCCAGCUCAGAAGUAGAGGAAGCAUCUAAAUGUAGCUCACACCCCUCUAGAUCCGGCUCCCGCAAGAACAGCAACCCCGGCAGCCCCCGCUCCCUCAAGAGAGCAGUGUCCAUGUCGUCCAUGACAUCAGAGAGUGACUAUGCCAUUCCUCCUGAUGCCUACUCUACUGACACAGAGUGUUCUGAGCCAGAGCAGAAACUGCCCAAGACCUGCUCCAGCACCCGCGACAACGGCAAGAGUGAGCCCAUGGAGAAGUCAGGGUACCUCCUGAAGAUGGUGAAGACGUGGAAGAAGACAUGGAAGAGGCGCUGGUUUGUCCUCAAAGAUGGAGAGCUGCUCUAUUACAAGUCACCGAGUGAUGUCAUCCGGAGACCACAGGGUCAGAUUGAGGUCAACGCCACCAGUAGCAUCGCCCGCGGUGACGGGAAGCAAGUGCUCCAGAUUGUUACAGGGAAGAGGGUAUACUAUCUGAAGGCAGACUCUCCCAACCUGCUAGAGGAGUGGCUGAGGGUUCUACAGAGUGUUCUGAGGGUCAAAACAGCCAGCCCACUUUUUGCUCAGCCUGAGAUACGACCCGGGAUGAAGGGCCACCUCAUCAAGGUGAAACAUGGCUACUCCAAGCGGGUGUGGUGUGCCCUCAUCGGUAAAACACUCUACUACUUCCGCAGUCAGGAAGACAAGUUCCCCCUAGGUCAGAUCAAGCUGUGGGAGGCUCGGGUGGAGGAGGUGGACAGGUCACAUGACUCGGAUGAGGAGCUAAAGUCAUGCGGGAGGGGCUUAGAGGCCCCGCCCCAUACCAUAGCUGUCCAUCCCCAGGAGCAGGGCCCCACCUACCUGCUCAUUGAAUCCCGACAUGAGAAGGAUGCUUGGCUGUAUCACCUGUCAGUGGCAGCGGGCACCACUUUGGGCAAGGUGGGCACAGAGUUUGAGCAGUUGGUGGGCAAACUGCUCAAUGUGGAGGGAGAACCAAACUCUCAGAGCUGGAGACACCCCAUGCUGUGUUUCAGUAAAGAGGGUCUGGUCUCUGCCCUCACCACCCUGCCCUCUCAGGCCCUGCAGACUGAGGCCAUCAAGUUGUUUAAGACAUGCCAGCUCUUCAUCAACGUGGCCAUCGAUGCUCCAGCUAUUGACUACCACGUGUCCCUGGCCCAGAGUGCUUUGCAGGUGUGCCUGACCCACCCGGAGCUACAGAACGAGUUAUUCUGUCAGCUCAUCAAACAGACAACCAAGAGACAGCCCCAAGGGCAGCCCUGGCCCUUACAGGGCUGGCAGUUCCUGGCUCUGUGUGUGGGUCUUUUUCUGCCCCAGCACCCCUUCCUUUGGCUGCUGCAGGUACACCUUAAGAGGCAUGGAGACUCAAGAACAGAGGUGGGUAAAUACGCCAUCUACUGUCAGAGGUCGGUAGAGCGGACACAGCAGAAGGGUGAGCGCCAGGCCAGGGCGUCCCGUAUGGAGAUCCUGUCUAUCCUUCUCAGGAACCCAUACCACCACUCACUGCCCUUCAGUGUACCUGUUCACUUCCUCAACAAUACAUACCAGGUAGUGGGCUUUGAUGCCUCUACCACAGUGGAGGAAUUUCAGUGCAGGCUGAACCAAGACACAGGCAUGAGGAAAACUGGUCAAUCAGGCUUCAGCCUCUACACGGACGACCCUACUGGACGAGAGCUGGAGCACUGUCUACAGGGGGGCAUCAAGAUCUGUGACAUCAUCUCCAAAUGGGAGCAGGCCUCCAAGGAGCAGCACACGGGCAAAUCUGAGAACACCAGGACUGUCAGGCUCACCUACAAGAACAGGCUCUACUUCUCUCCUCAGGUGAGAGGUGAGUCCGAAAGAGAGAGGCUGCUCCUGGUCUAUCAGGCCAACGAGGCCAUCGCAGCAGGACACUUCCCUGUCAACAAGGAACUGGCUCUGGAGAUGUCUGCCCUGCUUGCCCAGGUGGAGUUUGGAGAUUUUGAGCGUCCGUUCUCCACCCCAGCCAGCCCCAACUCAGCCCAGACCAAGUCCAACCAGACCCUGAAACAGGUACUGGAGAGGUUCUACCCAAAACACUACCGCAGGACAUCCACUGAGGAACAACUCAGGCAACUGCGCCAGCGUCUGUCCACCCGAUGGGCAUCACUCAGGGGUCGAAGUUCAUCCGAGUGUGUACGCAUCUACCUGACUGUGGCUAGGAAAUGGCCCUUCUUCGGGGCCAAGCUGUUUGAAGCAGAGUCCAUCACGCCCUCUCCUGAGCAGGGUGCCCACCUGUGGCUGGCAGUGCAUGAGGAUGGCAUCAGCGUGCUGGAGCACAACUCCAUUAAACUGCUGGUGUCCCACCCUUAUAAGAACCUGAUGACGUUUGGAGGCUGCAAUCAGGACUUUAUGCUGGUGGUAAGCCAGAGCAUUGGCAGUAAUGCUACCAAAGACAAGCCCACAGAGAAACACCUGUUCACUAUGGCCACCUCCAAGAACAGGGAGAUGACCCUUCUCAUCUCCAGUUACAUCAACAGUGCCCAUCAACAGAAAGCCGCCACCCACCACCUCUCUGCCCCUGCCUUGCUGGUGGCUCAGCCUGUCAAUCUCAAGAGCAAAGAGCUAAGGAGUAAAUCACCACCAGCGGCAGGCAGACCUAGCAAGGCACCUACUCUCCUGUGAUCGCCCUUCUACAAGCUGCAAGAACAGCUACAUACAUUUAUAUCAGGCCAGGGGAUCAGCGGAGUACGUGGAAUCAGGGUUGUGUUCAGUAGGUACGAAAUGGAGUGAAACAGGGGGGGGGGUACAAUCUUAACCUGUCCAAUAAGAAACAGCCAUUUACUUUUCCCAUUGCAAAACGUUUUGACACGUUGUGGCAUAAUGACGCCACCCAGUCUCGUCUCUGAUCACGUGACAGGGGACUGACGAACUCCAGUGCAGAGACUUAUGGCAUGGUACAGUGGGUACAUGGUACAAUGGUCCAUAGUGAGCUUUUUCUCAUCCCUGUGCACUUUAAUUCAUCCGCUGUAGAUUAGUCUGUUCGCUCACCAAAGAGCAAGGUCAGUGUUAUUUAUUGACAGACAGCCUUAAACUCUAAAGCCUUCUCUAGUUUAAGCUUUUCAGUAUUUUCUAUUGCUUGUUUUCUAUUUUUUGUAACUUUGUACACAGUUUACUUCCUGCCUUUAAACUUUUGUACCUCUAUUAUUAUAAUAAUAAUUUGGGGGGUGCUUAUAUUUGUCCUGUUACACACUAGUGUGUACUCCAAAUGUUUUUUGUUUGUUGCAUAUCCCAACUCCCCAUUAGACACCCACAAGGAGUGGGGUCACGGCCAGGGUCGCCGUUGUAUAGCGCCUCUACAUAUUUUUCUUCUGUUUCUACUGCGGCCUAUAAUGCCAGUUUCCAACAGAGGACCUUUUUUUGUUGUUCAUAUUUCUGGGUGUGAAAUAAGGUAAAGGAAACCAACACGAUCAGCCUAUGAUAUAGCCUUAAGUUCAAGUGCCAUGUAGAACAGGAUUAUUGAAAGGACAUAGGAUGACGUUGGGGUUGCUGUUUUAGCCAACUGGCCCACUAUGGUUGGAGUGGAGAGAUGAAUAAGCUUCCUUCGUGCGAAGUUGGUUGCAUGGACAGUACAGAGAUUGAGGAAAGGGAGUGGUGUAAGUGGCUAGUUUGUGGAGACGUGGGAAAGAAUGCAAUGGAAGUGAUUGAUGCACAUGAUUGGGUAAGUGGAAGUGACACAGUACAGUAUUGAGAAAGACCGCUUUAUGAGUAGUUGGUGUAUUAAAAGUCCAAUAUUUCUCCAGCAAGAAUGUUGCUCGGACUGUCUGAGAGUGGCCUGAGUGAGGGGCCUAAUGGGAGGGAAGUGUAACCUUAAAACCAGCUUUUAUUGACAGAGAUGAGGGCAAACUCUCAUUGUUAUUGGUCUAUUAACUUAUCUCGCCUGGUGAUGUCGAUUGGCGGUCCAAAAUUCCACCCAGUCAAACAAGCUGAAAUGUCAGGCACCUUUUUUAAACAGCCCGUACACUAAAAGGGCAUUUUCACAAUUUCACAGUAUUAUUCCAACCUUUAUAGUGUGGAAAUAUAUAUCAAACACAGGAAAAUCAUGUUUUAGACUGCACUGCCCCUUUAAAAGAUGGUCGAGCCCUAUGAAGUGGUGAGGAAAUACUGCAUCAACUUCAAAACUCCCUUGCUAGUUAUACAAUCACGUAACUAAGACAUUUGCUGGAAAGUAACUUCAAAAUGAUUUAUUUUUUUGUUGAAUAGUCAUGACUGGUUUAAGAUAUCUGUCUUAAGAUGGCGGUGACGAAGGAUAUCAUUGCUGCAUUCCAGUGAAUUUCUUAACUAAAUGAUUGCAUCACUAGCAAAGGGAUUCUGAAGUUGCAUUAUUUAUGGGCUCCCGAGUGGCGCAGCGGUCUAAGGCACUGCAUCUCAGUGCUAGAGGCGUCACUACAGACACCCUGGUUUGAAUCCAGUCUGUAUCACAACCGGCCGUGAUUGGGAGUCCCAUAGAGUGGCGCACAAUUGGCCCAGCGUCGUCCGGGUUCGGCCGGUGUGGGCCGUCAUUGUAAAUAAGAAUUUGUUCUUAACUGACUUGCCUAGUUAAAAUAAAAUGUAUUUAUUCUGAAGUUUGGCAAUGAGGAUGAAAACUAGCAUAGUUUAGCCAGGGAAAACCAGCUCGGGCCAGUUGCACAUGUGCGCCAAUGCACACUAGGCUAAUUCAGGAGACUGCGAAAAUGUUGCUUAAAAAGUUCAGAGACUGAAACAAUUUUUAAAACAUUAUUAUUAUUUUUUACAUUGAACCUUUAUUUAACUACACUGAAAUGAAUAAAUCAGAUGAUUUACAUUUAAGGAGAGCGAAUCGACAUUACAAUCCUUAAAUCAGCUUCAACUGUCAACAGUAAAACAAAGCCUUAAAACAAUGUCAGAGUGAACCCUGAACACAGAAAAUGAAUGGUGAUGUCUCUACCGGACACCACUCGAUCACCUCUUGGUUACUGAGUGGCCUGUUGGGGGAACUGAAAUGGUCCAAAACUCAACCUGGAUUACUGGUAGGUGACCAGUGACCGCCAUGUUGUUUUCACUUGUCCUUUCAGUCCAUCCAGGAUGAAGAAUGAGGAAACUACUUACCAGUAUUCAGUAUAUGUGUUGUGGGCCUGGGGGGGGGGGGGAGGUAAAGGAGUGCAAUUUUUGUAUUACAGUGGAAGGAGGGUGUGACAGUUGACAAAUUGAAUUUAAACCAAAGCACGACCCAUUUGUUCCAUUUUGCUUCACGUUACUAUGAAGUUGAACUGGAAAGCAUAUGUUUAGAUCAGUAUGAUCAUUCAUUAGAAUCUGAACCCAUUUUGAGCUGUAUGUUCCUUGUUUCUCGUGCGUGUUUUGCUGUUCAUGCUGCGUGUCAUUCCCAAAAUACAAGCUUAUACUGUAUGACUUAGGUAUUUAUUUUGAUAUGCCAUACAUUUUUAUAAAUAUAUGUAGAAUGCAUCUUUUAAAAUGGUCAUUAUUGUACAAAUAUUUAAAUAAACGCCAUUGCCAAACG